CCACGUGCUAAAGUUCUAUAAGCUGUUAAAGAUGGAGCAUUCCAUCAAGCUGCCACCAAACUUUGAUUUGCGAGCUGCAAAUGCGGCAACAGAAUGGCGGCUAUGGCGUCUCUGUUUUGAGGACUACUUGGUCGGUUCAGGGCAAGAUAAUGCCGCAGACAAGAUAAAAUUGGCCCUCUUGAGAAAUAUGUUAGGAAUGGAAGCCGCCAGAAUAGUCAUAACGUCGCUACAACUUUCCGAGAGUGAAAAAGAUAAUUACGACUCGGUAAUGAACGCAAUUACAAAAUAUGUCAGCCCGCGUGUAAAUGAAGUGUUCGAACGUUUCAAGUUUAACAAUAGGAAACAACUAGAAGGAGAAAGUUUCGACAAUUUCUUUACGGAAUGUAAACAGUUAAUUUUAACAUGCAACUAUAAACAAAACAAAGAUUCAAUAGAGGAUCAAUUGUUGAGGGACAAAAUAGUGCAAGGAGUAUUAGACAAAACAGUACAAGAAUCUUUGCUGAAACUAGAUAACCUUACACUUGAAAAGGCAGCCAACUAUUGUCGCACUUCAGAAAUGAGUAAACAACAGGUGCAGGAGAUGAACCCGACAAUAGAAAUUGAUGUAGUCAAGAAAUCAAAAGAAAGAAAUCAAGUACAGAAGAAAUACUUAUUUCAAUGUAGGAGAUGUCAAACUCAACAUGGGCUGCGAGAAUGUCCUGCCUUUGGGAAAAAAUGCACCAGAUGUGGAAAAUUGAAUCACCUUGCAGUCAGCUGUAAAGUCAAGAAAAUUAAUUCAACUCAAGAAGAUUCAGAGGAGUCUGAUGGUGAUGACACUUUAUUUUGUGGUGCACUUACUAGUAAAGGGAAUAAGAAAUGGAUGGACUUUAUUAACAUCAAUGGAAAGAGCACAUAUUGUAAAAUUGAUACUGGCGCAGAAGUAAGUAUCAUGCCAACAAAAAUCUUCAAGGAACUUAAAUCUAGUGAGGCGCUCAGACCAACAAGUACCUUAGAAGCGUUUGAUGGUACAAAAGUCAAAGCCAUUGGAAAGAUCCGUCUCCAUUGCAAGUACAGGGAACGAGAGUGUUAUGAAGACUUCAGAGUUUUAGAUUGCAAGUCAAUGAUAUUAGGACUGCCAGGUUGUGAAGCUUUAAAACUAGUAAAGCGAAUUUACAGUGUUGAUGAAGCUGAAGAUGGGACUCUAAAAGAGGACUUUAUAAAAGAAAAUAUAGAUGUUUUCCAAGGUCAUGGACCAAAUUGAAGGCUACUUUGGAGAUAUACCAAACGUUAUAACUUGGUUUGAUGAUAUUUUAAUAAUGGGCGAGACAGAGGAAAUUCAUAAUGAAG